AUGGAGGUGCCCCCAAAGCGCCCCCGGCCGCACUGGUACGAGAGGCACGCACAGCCCUGCCUGGCAGAGCUGCUGGGCACUGCCCUCUUCAUCUUCACGGGCUGCCUGGCCGUGCUGGAGGACUCAGGGGGCACGGGGAGGCUGCAGCCAGCCCUGGCACACGGGCUGGCCCUGGGCGUCACCGUGGCCGUGCUGGGGGACAUCAGCGGAGGCCACUUCAACCCCGCCGUGUCCCUGGCCGUGUGCCUGCUCAGGGGGCUGCACAUCACCAUGCUCGUCCCCUACUGGCUGUCCCAGCUCUGUGGAGGGGUCAUUGGAGCUGGCCUGGCAAAGGCUGUGGCACCCAGUGAGCACUUCAGGAACGCCAGUGGAGGAGCCUUUGGUGCCAUCAGGGCUGAGGAGCAGGUCCCUGCCGUGCUGGUGGCCGAGCUGGUGCUCAGCUCCUUCCUGCUGCUCGUGGUCUGCAUGGGGACAGUCAAUGGCAGGACCUGCACCCCCCUGGCACCGCUGUGCAUCGGCCUCACCGUCACCGCCGACAUCCUGGCAGGGGGUGGAGUGUCUGGAGCCUGCAUGAACCCAGCCCGAGCCUUCGGGCCAGCUCUGGUGGCAAACCACUGGGACCAUCACUGGGUGUACUGGGCAGGGCCCAUGGGGGCUGCCCUGCUGGUGGGGGCGCUGGUCAGGCUCCUGCUGGGUGACCAGGCCACCCGCCUGCUCCUGAAGUGA